UUGGAGGCACUACCUCCUUGGGAGGUUCUUCAUCCUCAGGACUGAUCAUCAGACCUUGAGAUGGAUGAGAACGCAGCCAGUACUUUCCGACGCCCUGAAGCGUUGGAUCGAGGUCAUUGAGCAAUUUGACUUCGACCCCCAGUAUUUAAAAGGGGAGUACAACAAGGUGGCUGAUGCCUUGUCGCGUAGACCUGAUUUCUCGGGUGCGCUGAUUACUAAGUUCGAGUUAAGUGACGAUGUGACUCGAUCAUUGGUGGAGGCCUAUAGAGAGGAUCGGUUUAUGUCAGAAAUCAUCCGCAGACUCGAGAGGAAGGACAAACAGACUUCAACCGAGUUUGAGAUGGUCAAUGGCUUGCUGUUUCUUGAAAAGGAGGGGAACAAACGAUUGUGUGUCCCUACUAGCGAGUCUUUGCGUAGUUUGUUUUUAGAGGAAUGUCAUGAUGCCACCGGUCAUUUUGGGUUCAAAAAGACCACAGCCAAUUUGCUGCAAAGGUUUUGGUGGCCCACGAUGACGAAAGAUGCCAAGUUGUAUGUGGAGACUUGUCAAGUUUGCCAACGAGACAAGCCCCGUACUCAGGCUCCUCUUGGGCUGCUCAAGCCCCUUCCGAUUCCGGAAAGGCCAGGUGAGAGCUUGUCCAUGGACUUCAUGGAUACGCUAGUCACCAGCAAGAGUGGUAUGAGACAGACCUUCGUCAUCGUGGAUAGGUUUAGUAAGUUUGCUAGGUUAGUAGCAAUGCCUGAGACAGCAAAGACUGAGUACGUGAUUAAGCUGUUCAAAGAGAACUGGGUGAGAGAUUUCGGAUUACCCAAGUCUAUUGUAAGCGACCGGGAUGUCCGGUUUACAAGCGAGUUAUGGAAGGCCGCUGCAGCUGAACAAGGAACUCAAUUGCAGAUGACUUCUGGGAAUCAUCCCAAAGCCAACGGCCAGGCUGAACAGAUGAACCGCGCUGUGCAACACCUGUUGAGGCAUUAUAUCAAGCCCAAUCAGGUGGACUGGGACGAAAAGCUCGCACUUGUCGCCAGUCUGUACAAUAACGUUGUACACAGCGCUACAGGGGUAAGUCCUAACAGUCUACAACUAACGUUUAAGCCUAGACUGCCCUUAGACUUCCUACUUCCUAACAAUCAGCCAAGUGCUGCACCAGGCACGCUAGAUUUUGCCUACCGAUAUGAACAGAAGAUGCAGGAGGCUGUAGAGCACAUGCAGAAGGCGCAGGCAGCAAUGAUAGAAACUGAGAACAGACACCGCCGCCCUUCUACAUUUCAGGUUGGGGACAGAGUCUAUGUCAAGUCCUCGGAACUAGGACAAGAGUUUGGGAUAUCCCGCAAACUCAUGCCCCAGUACUUUGGGCCUUGUGAGGUUUUAGACAUAGUUGGGACAGAUCCAGAUGGGCCAUCCUAUGCCAUUCGUAUCCCUGGUCAUCUCAGAACUUACCCAGUCUUUCACGCCUCUAAGCUCGCUCCGUCCAAGGAGACUGAUCAGUUUCCCUCUCGUCGGUCAAUGCUGCCCCCAACCAUGGACGGAGUAGUUGACAUUGAUGAUAUCAUCGACCACAGGGAGAUGCCUGUUCAGAAGCCUCCGGGAAGGGGACGUCCUCCAAUGCCAAAGCUGCAGUUCCGUGUCCACUUCAGACAUCAUACAGAUCCGAAGGAGGACCGCUGGUUUACUCGGGAGGAAUUGAUGCAGACAACUCCUCAAAUCGUUGCCCGCUAUGAGAGGGAUGUAUUGAAAGGAAAGCGCCAGAUGGCUGCAGAUUGAUCUUCUCAGAGGACUAACGAAGAUAUGGAGGAGGGAAUGUGAGGCUACGCCCGCUCAGCCCCUACG